CCUGCAGCUGAAGUUGUUUUGGAGGUGCGAUGGCCGAGGAUCCUGCGCUGUCUCUCCGGGUGUCGGAGAUCAAGGACCCGGCGGUUCUCUUCGAGCGUUACAACACCGAGGAGAUCCGCGGGAUCGAACGCAAAGUCCGCGGGGAGAUCGAGCAGAAGAAGGAGGAGCUGAGGCAGAUGGUAGGGGAGCGCUACCGGGACCUGAUCGACGCCGCAGACACCAUCGGAGAGAUGAGACAGUGCUCUGAGAGCGUCGUGCAGUCCAUCCAGGACAUGCACCAGUACUGCCACAGCCUGAAACAAGCCAGAGCCGCUGUGAGCAGCUGCGGACAGGAGAGCCAGAGGCAGUGGCAGGAGAAGUUCUACACUAUGGCUUCUCAGAUCAAACUCCUCUUGGAGAUUCCAGAGCGUAUCUGGAGUGCCAUGGAGGCAUCACAGUACCUCCAGGCCACUCAGCUCUACCUGCUGUGCUGCAACCUGCACAGUCUGCUGCAGCUGGAAGCUGCUACGGGGGGACACUACAGCCCUGUCCUGGCCCGCUUCCCCAUCCUGGUCCGGCAGGUAGCCACCACAGGACACUUUAGGUCCACCAUUCUCCUAGACAGCAGGUCUCUGCUGCGGGGCCGGGCCGUGUCAGACCAGGCCAUCGCAGAGGCCCUGGUGUCCACUAUGCUGCUGGAGGGCAGCUCACCACGCCAGGCCCUGGCUGACUUCUUAUUGGCUCGGAAGGCCUCCAUCCAUCAGCUGCUCAACCAACCACAGCACGGUGCUGGGAUCAAGGCUCAAGUGUGCAGCCUGGUGGAGCUGUUGGUGACUACUCUGUUCCAGGCCUAUGCUGUCUUCUACCUGCCCCCAGAGGGAGGCCCUAGGCCAGGAGAGGGAGCGCUGAGCUGUGGCAUGCUCUUCUCUAUCUUGGAGAACGUCACUUCUACCACACCUGCAGCUAAAGGUAGCAGGAGAGCGUUGCAGGAAGAGACGAGUACAGGAAGCUGGUUUAAGUACCUGCCUUCCUCCAUCACAGAGUUCCAGCCCGCCCUUCGCACCCUGGCUAAGCCAAUCCAGAGCGAGCAGCUCCGUGACACCCUGCAGCAGUGGAUCAAUACCUGUAAGGAAGACAUCUGUCGUGGUGUUGGGAGCCUGCUGGUCUAUGUGAAGAGCCUGAAGGGAUUGGCUGCCAUUAGAGACGCUGUGUGGGACCUCCUAUCCACAGACUCCAUCAGUCAGCACUGGAACACUGUGUGCCAGCGCCUGCUAGAACGCCCCCUGGCUGUGUGGGACGACUUCCUGCAGCAGCUUUUCCUUCAGCGCCUGCAGGCCAUCACCAAAGACGAAACUGAAGCCAUCUCGACGAGCUCUGUCCAGCUCCUCACCUCAGCUGUGAGGGAUCUGGAGGUCCAGGCCACCCAGACUUCUUCAGGUACUAACACUGGCUCAGGCCGCAGCGCCCAAUACGAGGUGGAUGUGGCCUCCUUCUUGUGGUCGGAGUCUCCAGGGGAUCUGCUGAGCGAUGCAGGGUGGGUUAACGUUACCCAACGGGGGCAGCAGCAGCAGAGGAGCGGUCUGGCCAUGAAGACCCAGGCCCUGACACCCUGCGUUCAGAACUUCUGCUCCUCCAUGGAUGCAAAGCUAAAGGCCAGGCUUGAUGACCUCUUACACUACCUUCCAUCCCAGGACACAGGGUCUGACUCCAUCUCUGUCACAGUCUCAUCCUCUGGACCCAACGAGGGCUCACCAGCGUCCUCGUUCAACCGUUUCACAGACUCUCCGGCGGUGGAGGAGGCUUUCCGUGAAGGCUGCCUGGCCUGUGUCCGCCACAUCCUGUCCUCCAUCCGCUCCGAACUGACGGCAGCCUCUCCAGACCCCAGCCCCGCCUGCCUCAGUUCGGUGCUUUUCAUGGCCAGACUGUGCCAGUCCAUGGGUGAACUCUGUCCCAACCUGAAGCACUGCAUCUUGGGAAAACAAACAGGGUCUGAAACCAUGGCCAAGGGGACCCCCAGGCAGGGGAAGAAGCUGGGCAAAGCCAGGGCCGCCGCGGAGGUCAGCCCAGCUCAGGCCAAGUGGGCUGGUCUGAAGGAGGAGCUUCUCAACUGCAGCAUGGAGGCCUACCGAAUCUGGAGCUGCGCCCUCUCCAAAGUGCUGCUGGGUAAGUUUGGCACAGCUCUUCAUGCUGAGUCAGCUGGUGCCAUCCUAACCACAGCAACUAACUGGGAGGAUCUGGAGAUCCAAGAAGAAGCCGAGUCAGGGAACAGUGUCACAUCUAAAAUCCGUCUUCCGGUCCAGCCGUCGUGGUUUGUCCAGUCUCUGCUGUUCCAGCUGUGUGUGGAGGUGAACAGGGUGGGGGGUCACGCUUUGCCCCGGCCCACCCUGCAGGAGUUGCUGCAGACCUGCCUGAAUCAGGCCCUGCAACACUACCACAGCCUCACACAGCAGGCCCGCAGCAAGGAAGGUGUAUUCCCCAUGACUCAGAACAGGGCUUUGCAGUUGUUGUUUGACCUGCGUUACCUCAGCACCACACUGAGCAGCAAACCAGAGGAGGGCAAGAGCUCCAGAUCCCAACAGGACCCGAGGAUCAGCGAGGUCUGUGAUUGGCUGGAGAGCUUCAUCGACCCCUUUGACCUGGACGUGUUCACACCGCCGCUGAACGCCAACCUCAACCGCCUGUCCCAGAGGACCUCGGUACUGCUGGGGCUGCUCGCAGGCUCAGAGAAGCAGUUUUCCACACGGAGCAGCGGAGUGAACUCCCAGGAGCCUUACAACAUCCUGCCACUGACCAGCAGUCAGAUCAGGUUCGGGCUGCUGCCUCUCAGCAUGUCAAAUGUUCGGAAAUCCAAGUCGACCAGCAGAGUCUCCGAUGCUCCUCACCAGCCGCAGGCUCAUCCAUCCUCCACAGUACACAGUGACAGCUUCCGGCCAGGCAGCCUGUUCAGACAGCUCGCAGAUCAGGAUGAAGACACAGCCGCUCCAUCUUUAUUCAAACUCAGCUGGCUGUCUGGCAUGGCCAAAUAACCCUUUAAUGCUCAACACUUUUUAUUUGCCUUUGCAGAAACUUUGUAAAAAAAAAUAUGUAUAGUAAAUAUAAUUUUGUC